AGACAGACAGACAGACAGACAGACAGACAGACAGACAGACAGACAGACAGAAAAGGAAGCUACAGUGUGAUUCUGAAUAAAAACUGGAAAACACUUAAAGAUACUACAUAUUUAUAUUUAUACAUAUUUAUAUUUAUAUAUCCAUUAACAUAAACUACACUAACUACGCCACAGUUCAGAUUAAACUCUAACAUGAUGCAUUCAAGUCUGACAACAUGUGGAAAAGUUUAAGGGGUGUAAAAACUUUUGCAGUCGCAGUAUCUGUAUUAAAGUGAACUUGAUGCAGUUCGUGUCUCUGUUCCUGCUUCUGUUCGUUUCUUCAUUUAUUUUCUGAAUGACUCCCUCCCUCCUCCCCUCCUCGGGGUCAAUCCAUGGGAAAAGAAAGUUUUCCUGCAGCCCUGAGAGAAAUCCAGUUAUUUUCGGACAACACGUCACCGGUUUUAGUUGCAGCCCAGAAACUUAUUUCCAUCAUCCAGCUCGCUUUCUUCCCUCUCUCUCUCUCUUUCCCUCUCUCUCUCUAUGAACUUGUUGCACAGCUGUGUUGUUCCCCGUUCUCACGCACGGCGCCGCACGCCCGCAGCGGCGCACACAUGAGCGGGCAGCUUGAGGAAACGUCAGCAGGUUUCGGCUCGCUGCGUGACAUUGCGGUGGCCGUUUUCCUUUCAGCGAACGACUCAAGGAUGGACGCGUGACGCACCGAGCCACAGAGAGGGAGCGUGCACACACGUCAGCUCGGGGAGGGCAAAGCCUGCUUAAAAUGCAGCGAAUGUGACAGCCGAGCCCACAGUCCAGACUACAGCAGCGCCUGGACGGGAAAGGUGAAGCGGGGCGGGGGCGGGGGGCACCAGCAGCAUGACCGUGGUGCCCGGGGAGAACCUGGAUGAGACGGUGGCACUGGCCGCGCUGUCCGCCCAGGAUGUGUACGACCCGGAGCGAGCCGACAACCAGGAGUGCUGCGAGCGGGUGGUCAUCAACAUCUCCGGGCUGCGCUUCGAGACGCAGCUUAAGACCCUGGCCCAGUUCCCCGCCACUCUGCUGGGGGACCCGCGCAAAAGAAUGCGCUUCUUCGACCCACUGAGGAACGAGUACUUCUUUGACCGGAACCGACCCAGCUUCGAUGCCAUCCUGUACUACUACCAGUCCGGCGGACGGCUCCGGAGACCCGUCAACGUGCCGGUGGACAUCUUCAUGGAGGAGAUCAAGUUCUACGAGCUGGGAGAGGAGGUGAUCGAGAACUUUAAGGAGGAUGAAGGGUUCAUCAAGGAGGAGGAGCGGCCGCUGCCGGAGAAUGAGUUCCAGCGGCAGGUGUGGCUCCUGUUCGAGUACCCCGAGAGCUCCGGACCCGCUCGGGGCAUCGCCAUCGUCUCUGUGCUGGUCAUCCUCAUCUCCAUCGUCAUCUUCUGCUUGGAGACCUUACCCGAGUUCAGGGAGGAGGCCCGGAUCUUCGAGGGGAUGAUCCCGACAAAUGGCACCGCGGGCGCCGAGCCGCCGAACCCGUUCACGGACCCGUUCUUCAUCGUGGAGACGCUCUGCAUCAUCUGGUUCUCCUUCGAGCUGCUGGUCCGGUUCCUCGCCUGCCCCAGCAAGCCCGCCUUCUUCAAGAACAUCAUGAACACCAUCGACAUCGUGGCCAUCAUGCCCUACUUCAUCACGCUGGGGUUGGAGCUGGCAGAGCACCAGGGCAACGGCCAGCAGGCCAUGUCGCUGGCCAUCCUGAGGGUCAUCCGCCUGGUCCGGGUCUUCCGGAUCUUCAAGCUCUCACGGCACUCCAAGGGACUGCAGAUCCUGGGGAAGACGCUGCAGGCCAGCAUGCGGGAGCUGGGCCUCCUCAUCUUCUUCCUCUUCAUCGGGGUCAUCCUCUUCUCCAGCGCCGUGUACUUCGCGGAGACCGACGACCCCGAGUCAGGCUUCAGCAGCAUCCCGGACGCCUUCUGGUGGGCCGUGGUUUCCAUGACAACGGUAGGCUACGGCGACAUGUGUCCGGUGACCAUCGGUGGGAAGAUAGUGGGCUCCCUGUGCGCCAUCGCCGGGGUCCUGACCAUCGCGCUUCCGGUUCCGGUCAUCGUCUCCAACUUCAACUACUUCUACCACCGGGAGACCGAGCACGAGGAGCAGUUCCAGUACACGCACGUGACCUGCGGGCAGCAGCAGGCGCCGUUCGGCGAGUUCAAGCGGAGCGACAGCCGGCCGUCGCUGUCCAAGUCCGACUACCCGGACAGCGAGGACGCGGACUCCGUCAAGUACACGAACUGCAGCCCGCACAAGGCGUACGGCGGGAAGCUGACGGACGUCUGAGGCUCCUUGUUUCCGCCAGCAGAGGGAAUGUUUUCAGUUGGAUCCCCUCUCCACUCCCGACACGGUCUUCCAUCCAGCAGGACAACUGAUCAGCCUCUGUAGCACUUUACUGUCAUUAGUGAGCAGCUUUAAGGUUUACAUUCUUCUGACACGGGACCAAAUUAAAACUCAGUUUAAAACUUAAAAAAAAAAAAAAAAAAGCCUGCGAGACAACACGCAGGGUUAGGGGAAAAAACAAAAACAAGAAAACCCUCAUUGAAUUAAACACAACGAAACUGAAGCUUUUUCCAAUACAACUGCGCCAUCGUGUGGUCAAAGCGGCUCACUGCACCGCCGUGGCAGAUGCAGUUUCCAUGGAAACCUUCCAGACUUUUCUGUUGUUGUCUGGUGCAGGAGCAAAAAGUGAGGAGUAUCCAAACCACCAUGUUGUGGAAGCAUCCAUGUUGUUAAAAAAACCCACACACAAACUGAGCUCAGCAGAUAAUUACUAACAACAAGUUAAAAAAAUUUAUUAAAUACAGUCAAAAUAUUAAGAUUAUAACUUUAAGCAGUAAUUUAAUACAUUAACAGUUUAAUUUUAGAUGUUUUAGAGCUCAACCUCGUCUAUUGUGGGUAUAAAUAUGUUAAAAAAGAUCAUUUAAAGAAAAAUAUAUAGAGUAAGAAAUCAAAAUGAAAAAUCAAGAAUUAACAGAAAAUACUAAAUUAUAUUCAUGCUUUAUAGUUGUACAGUAGCACAAAAAAGGUUAAAAUAGAAACAUAAAUUAUAAUACGUAAAUUAAAAAAUGAUUUUUUUUAUUUUAGGGGAUUUUAAGAUAAAAUGCAAAUCAAGAACUAGUUUAAACUAUUAAAUUUAUUUAAAUGAGUUCAAGUCUGAAAAGCUUUCAAACUUUUCAACAAAUCACUGCACUGCUAAAUAUUUUUGUUCCAAAAUAAUAAUGAAUAAUAAUUCAGUUUUAAUGCACAAAAGAAAGCAAGAAUGUAUGAAGAAAAUAGGAAAGAAAACAUCACAGGAAUUUCCUUUAACUGAGUUUAGAAAUAAUAAUAAUAAAAAAAUCCCAAACUCAAAUAGUUUUUCAAAAAGUAUUUAAAAUAAAAAGAUCGGCCCCUUGCUUUCAUAGAGAUCCCAGCGGUUCUGAUCCAUACCUGAGC